AUGGCAAACCCGAUACAUCUAGGGCUCCAGGAUGCAAUAUCCCCACUAAUAGAAGAACUCCUAUAUUUCCAUGACCACACAUUAAUAGUCAUUUUCCUAAUCAGCAUGCUUGUACUCUACACCAUCUCCGUCCUCCUACUAUCAAAAUUAUAUCACACUAACGCCACAGAUGUACAAGAAGUAGAAAUAAUUUGAACAAUUCUACCAGCCAUCAUCCUAAUUACCAUUGCCCUCCCAUCACUUCGCACUCUCUACUUAAUAGACGAAACUAGCAACCCAUGCCUAACCAUUAAAGUCAUUGGCCACCAAUGAUAUUGAACCUACGAGUACACAGACUUUUCACAGCUAGAAUUUGACUCUUACAUAGUACCGUCACAGGACCUCCUACCAGGACACUUCCGCCUGUUAGAAGUAGAUCACCGUAUAAUUACACCAACAGGUGCAACUACCCGGACACUAAUUACAGCAGAAGACGUACUACACUCCUGAGCAGUACCGUCCUUAGGAAUUAAAAUAGACGCAGUACCAGGACGCCUGAACCAAACCUCAAUUACACUAGCUAACCCAGGAAUUUUUUAUGGUCAAUGCUCCGAAAUCUGUGGAGCCAACCACAGCUUCAUGCCUAUCGUAGUAGAAGCAAUCCCAAUACAAUACUUCCAAAAAUGGUUAGAAACAAACGUUUCUUCAU